GGCGGGGUUGUCCGCGGCGGGGUUGCAAAUAGGACGCGGGGCCUAGAGGUAGCGGGAGUGAUUUGUAGGCGGAGCGAUCGGCCUGCAGGCCCCCGCAUCAGGACCUGAAGGCGUCCACGCUUUGCCGGGGCGCGGUGGGAAGUGGCCCGAGGCUGUUGGCGAGGAUGCCGUACUUAGGCUCGGAGGACGUGGUGAAGGAGCUGAAGAAGGCUCUGUGUAACCCUCACAUUCAGGCUGAUAGGCUGCGCUACCGGAACGUCAUCCAGCGAGUGAUUAGGCACAUGACACAGGGCUUGGACGUGUCUGGUGUUUUCAUGGAAAUGGUGAAGGCCAGUGCCACUGUAGAUAUUAUUCAGAAGAAAUUGGUUUAUCUGUACAUGUGCACAUAUGCCCCCCUGAAACCAGAUCUGGCGCUCCUGGCCAUCAACACACUGUGCAAAGACUGCUCAGACCCUAACCCGAUGGUGCGAGGGUUGGCACUACGGAGCAUGUGUAGCCUCAGGAUGCCUGGUGUGCAGGAAUAUAUCCAACAGCCCAUUCUCAAUGGUCUACGAGAUAAGGCUUCGUAUGUCAGGAGGGUAGCAGUCCUUGGCUGUGCCAAGAUGCACAAUCUUCACGGAGACUCUGAAGUGGAUGGUGCCCUGGUAAAUGAGUUAUACAGUUUGCUGCGUGACCAGGAUCCAAUUGUGGUUGUGAACUGCCUGAGAUCCCUAGAGGAAAUUCUGAAACAGGAAGGAGGAGUGGUCAUCAAUAAGCCCAUCGCCCACCAUCUCUUAAAUCGAAUGUCAAAACUGGACCAGUGGGGCCAAGCUGAAGUGCUGCACUUUCUGCUGCGCUACCAGCCCCGCAGUGAGGAGGAGCUGUUUGACAUCCUCAACCUGUUGGACAGCUUUCUCAAGAGCGGCAGUGCAGGCGUGGUGAUGGGGGCCACCAAACUCUUUCUGAUCCUGGCAAAAAAGUUCCCUCACGUCCAGACCGAUGUGCUUGUGCGAGUCAAGGGACCUUUGCUGGCUGCCUGUUCUUCCGAGAGCCGUGAGCUCUGUUUCGCUGCCCUGUGUCAUGUGCGCCAGAUCCUGCAUAGCCUGCCAGGUCACUUUAGCAGCCAGUACAAAAAGUUCUUUUGCUCCUAUUCGGAGCCCCACUACAUUAAGCUGCAGAAAGUGGAGGUGCUGUGCGAGCUGGUGAACGACGAGAACGUGCGGCAGGUGCUGGAGGAACUGCGAGGGUACUGCACGGAUGUGUCUGCUGACUUUGCCCAGGCUGCCAUCUUCGCUAUAGGUAACAUUGCCAGGACUUACACAGAUCAGUGUGUACAGAUUCUUACAGAACUGUUGGAGCUGCGACAAGAGCACAUUACCACAGUGGUGGUGCAGACUUUCCGAGACCUGGUUUGGUUGUGUCCUCAGUGUACCGAAGCUGUGUGUCGGGCCCUGCCUGGCUGUGAAGAGCACAUUCAAGACAGUGAGGGCAAGCAGGCUCUUAUUUGGCUACUUGGAGUCCAUGGGGAAAGAAUCCCCAAUGCUCCUUAUGUGUUAGAGGACUUUGUGGAGAAUGUGAAGUCAGAGACGUGCCCAGCUGUGAAGAUGGAGCUCCUCACAGCACUACUGCGCCUCUUCCUCUCCCGCCCUGCUGAGUGCCAGGACAUGCUGGGGCGUUUGCUACAUUACUGCAUAGAGGAAGAAAAGGAUAUGGCUGUGCGAGACCGUGGUCUCUUCUGUUAUCGCCUCCUCUUGGCUGGCGUUGAUGAGGCUAAGCGGAUCCUGUGCAGCCCGAAGUCUGACCCUUCUCUUCGUCUUCUGGAGGAUCAGGCAGAAAGACCUGUGAACAGCUGGGCCGCAGACUUCAACACGCUGGUGCCAGUGUAUGGCAAAGCCCGCUGGGCAGUGAUCUCUAAAUGCCAGGGGCCAGAGCGUUGUGGCCCAGAGCUUCCCAACACUGCGUCAUUUGCCACAUCAGGACCCCUGAUUCCUGAAGAGGACAAGGAGAGGGGACAAGAUCUCCCUGAUGCUGGAGCCCUCAUGCUUGUCCCCGACCGCCAGCUAACUGCUGAGUAUUUUGAGAAAACCUGGCUGAGCCUCCAAGUUGCUCAUCAGCAAGUGCUGCCUUGGCAGGGAGCAGUCCAUCCUGACACCCUCCAGAUGGCUCUACAAGUAGUAAACAUCCAGACCAUCGCCAUGAGCAGGGCUGGGGCCCAGCCCUGGAAAGCCUACCUCAGCGCUCAGGAUGACACUGGCUGUCUCUUCCUAACAGAACUGCUCUUGGAGCCCGAGACCUCGGAAAUGCAGGUCUCCGUGAAACAGAGUGAGGCAAGGACUGAGAUGCUGAACAGCUUUAUGUCUGUAUUAGAAACUGUGAUUGCAACGAUUGGAGAUCUGAAGUCCUGACAGAUCCUUGCCACUUUUCCUGAACGAGACAGACAGCUCUCAGAGUUCCUUAUCUCUGUCGUCAGAGCUGCUUGCAGGUCAGAUCGUAUCAGAGGCAGAGGAGAAUGGGAAAUCUAGGAAUCAGGAGUCUUAGAUUUUAGUCCAAAGACCGUUGACUUAUUCCUUUCAUACCCUUGGUGAUUGACCCCAUGUUUUAAUGAUGGUGUUACAAAGCUUAAUGUUGGGAAUAGGGUGAGGUUGGGAUUGGGGGUCUUUCCGAAUCUGUUUUAAGGACUGUGUUACUAAUUAAAGAUGGCUGCUCUCUGUGGAAACUGACAGGAGUCAUCAUUUGUGGGGCUCAUCUCUCUGGCCACUCCCCAAACACCCUCUCUCCUGGCAGAAGCAAACUGCUUGCAGUUCCCUGCGUGCACCAGGCUCGCUCUCACCCCUGUGCUUUAUCAUUUGCUGUUAUUUCUUUCCCAGAACAUUUCCUCACCCUCAUAUCUUCUUUAAUCCACACCCAGUGUGUCUUUCCGUGUUUAGCUCAUUGAUGAGCUCCUUCAGAAGCUUACUAUGACCCUACUGCCCUCAUUAAUGAGCCUGUUCAAGCUCUUAGAGCAGCCAGUGUAUCCCUCUCGCAGUACUAUUAGAAUCAUUUUGUCAUUCGUCCUCACCUUGUAUUUUAUUCAUACUUGACCACAUUUUAUACAUUGAUCUUGAAACUUAACAGCAAGAGCCAAUAUUGCAAAAUGAUGAUAAUUAAGAGAACAGGGAAAUAUUAAAAUUCCAGUUGAGAUCAGCCGAACUGGGAAUGGGGAAAUAGACACAUGUUCAGGCUGUAAGGGCCUACAUAGAUGAUGGAGUGGAACCUCGCAUUUGGCUCUAUAGGUGAUUUGGCACCUUUAGAGUGAAGAAAACAGCUAUAAAAUUGUCAUCAGAGAGGAAGAAAUACUCCAACUUUAAUUUCUUUAAGAAAACUGCAUGCUUCACAAAGCUGGCACUAAGUGUUAUAUGUAUGUGAUCUAUGGGAAGUUGGUAAAGGGUUUUAUAUGACUAUUUCUUACCAGUGUUCUUCAGUGAAAGCAGGGAGUAUAAUUUUAACAGGAAGCAUAAGUAAGGCAUUUCUCCAAGGACUUAGGAUAAUAUGAUCCAAGUAGAUAGCCUUCAUCAUCCAGCUUAAUUCCUGGGCUUCUAUGUAUCUACCAGAUACAUAGAUGAACUGCAUAGCUUUCAGAUAGUGUUUGACCCAUCACUAUCAGCUAGGCUCUUCCCAGGAGCAGAUAACAGACAGCUGUGACUUUUCUAGUUUUUCAAAGAGUCUUCCCCACUGGACAACUACUAAGGAUGAUGAAUAUGUUUCUUUCUCUCCGUCUCCACAGUGCCUACCUGUUUGUCAAGUGGCUAUAAGUAAUUAGAUUCUGGUGGAGUUUUGAGAUUGGUAUUUCAAGUAUGUUUUAUUGUAUUAUAUCCACUAUACAGAAAAUAAUGGGAUCCCAUCUAGACAGAUUUUCUUAAAAGUGACAAAAUUGACAUUUGGACUAGAUAAUUCUUUGUUGUACAGGGCUUUUCUGUACACUAUGAUUAUUUACAGCGUCUCUGGUUUCUGCCUGCUGGAUGCCUGUCAAAACCCCAGGCAUGUCAACAAAAAAUGGCUCCAGAUGUUGCCAAAGAUCCCCUGGGUGGGCACCACUGCCCCUAUUUGGGAACGAGGAUCUAGCUAGCAGCUGAAAAGGGAGUGAUCAGAACAGCUUCAGAAUUGCUUUGCCAUGUUUUUAUUUGUUCAGUUAAGCCUAUAAAUGUUUAAGUAGGUACUAAAAGAAAUGAAACUGAAGUGUUAAGAGCUUCCAAUUUAAAGUAUGACAAGGGAACAGAAUGCAGGUGGUGGAAAUUGAAUAAAUUAAUUGGCUUUUUUUUUUUAAAGACUACCAAUGUGACUGAAAUGUCAACCUAAAGAAAAUUAGGUAUGGCUCAGCAAUUUUGAAUAAAUAAUGUUAUCAAAGUGGUCUCGACUAUUAGAGCUCUUAGGAGAUUAAGUUUGGUGCCAGCAUUGUAGCUCAGAGGGUUAAGUCACUACUUGCAAGGCCAGCAUCUCAUGUCAGUGCUGGUUUGGAUGCCAGCUGUUCUGCCUCUGACCCAAUUCCCUGCUAGUAUGGAAAGCAGCAGAGGAUGGCCCAGGUGCUUGGACCCUUGCCACCCAUGUAGGAGACCAGGAUGGAGUUCCAGGCUCCAGGCUUUGGCCUGGGCCAGCCCUGUUCUUGCUGACAUUUGGGGAGUGAACCAGCAGAUGGAAGAUUUCUCUCUCCUCUCUCUGGAGCUCUGCCUUUAAAAUAAAUCUUUGGCCGGCGCUGUAGCUUAACAGGCUAAUCCUCCGCCUUGUGGCACCGGCACACCGGGUUCUGGUCCUGGUUGGGGUGCCGGAUUCUAUCCCAGUUGCCCCUCUUCCAGGCCAGCUCUCUGCUAUGGCCCGGGAAGGCAGUGGAGAAUGGCCCAAGUUUUUGGGCCCUGCACCCGUAUGGGAGACCAGGAGAGGCACCUGGCUCCUGGCUUCAGAUCAGCGAGAUGCGCCGGCCGCAGCGGCCAUUGGAGGGUGAACCAAUGGCAAAAAGGAAGACCUUUCUCUCUGUCUCUCUCACUAUCCACUCUGCCUGUCUAAAUAAAUAAAUAAAUAAAUAAAAUCUUUAAAAACAAAGAAAAUUAAGUUCUACUUAGUUGCUUUUUUGUAAUGUAAGAGGCAUAACUAGCAGAAUAUGAAGUUGUUGCUUUUGGAAACUAUGCUUUUUUUUUAAGAUUUAUUUUAUUUAUUUGAAAGAGUUACAGAGACAGAUACAGAGAAAGUGGUCUUCCAUCCGCUGGUUCACUCCCCAGAUAGCCGCAACGGCAGGAGCUGCUGUGGUCCGAAGGCAAAAGCCAGGAGCUUCUUCCAGGUCUCCCAUGUGGGUGCAGGGGCCCAAGGACUUGGCCCUUCUGCUGCUAUCCCAGGCCAUAGUAGAGAGCAGGAUUGGAAGAGGAGCAGCCGGGACUAGAACCAGUGCCCAUAUGGGAUGCUGGCGCUUCAGGCCAGGGCUUUAACCCACUGUGCCACAGUGCUGGGCCCCUGGAAACUAUACUUUUAUUAUUCGUUCAUUUUUAUUUGACAGAGAGACAGAAUGUGCUCCCAUCUGUUGGUUCACUCCCCAAAUGUCCAUAGUGGCUGGGCUAGGCCAGGCCAAAUCUGGGAAUCAGGAAUUUAAUCCAGGUCUCCUAUGUGCAUGGCAAGGACCCAGCCACGUAAGCCAUCACCUAUUACUUUGCAGGGUGAACAUUAGCAGGAAGUUGGUGCCAAAAGCAGAGGCAGGGCUUGAACCCAGGCACUCCAGUAUGGGAUGGAGGUACCCAAAGGGAUGUUUUAACCUCUAGUAGGGGUGGGGAAUCUUUUUUUCUGUCAAGGGCCAUCUGGAUAUUUAUAACGUUGCAGGCCAUGCAAAAUUAUCAACUUGGGGCCCGUGCUGUAGCAUAGCAGGUAAAGCUACUGCCUGCAGUGCCAGCAUUCCAUAUGGGCACCGGUUCAAAUCCCAGCUGCUCCACUUCUGAUCCAGUUCUCUGCUAUGGCCUGGGAAAGCAGUAGAAGAUGGCCUAAGUCCUUGGACCCCUGUAUCCGUUCCGGGUGGGAGACCCGGAUGAAGCUCCUGGCUUCUUGGCUUCAGAUGGGCACAUCUCCAGCCAUUGUGGCCAGUUGGGGAGUAAACUGGCAGAUGGAAGACCUCUCUCUCUCUUUCUCUCUGUCUCUGUCUCUCUCUGCCUCUGGCUCUCUGUAACUCUGCCUUUCAAAUAAAUAAAUAAAGCUUUAAAAAAUUAUCAACUUAAAAAAUUAGCUUGCUAUAGCUUUAUUGAAUUUGGAGUCCUGCCUGCAUUGGCCUUGGCAGGGCCAGACCAGUGAUUUCAUGGGGUCUAGUGCAGCCCUCGGGCCAGGUGUGCCCACUCCUGCUAGUCAAGCCGCUCACCCUGAAAGUGUACAGUUAAGUCUCAGUGAAGAGCUAGUAUCUCCUGUAGCCUGGUUUUACUAAUUUAUAAGCAAAAUGACUAAAGCUCAAGUAUUCCAUGAAGUUAAGUUUAAUUCUCUACUAUUCUGUCCGCUUAGGUGCACUGUCUUUAGCUUCUGCUGAUGUGUGAUUUAGGGAUGUGAUAAAAGUACAUGCUUACCUCUUAAAAUCCCUAAGAGUGUUUGAUACUGUCCUCUUACAACAGUGGCUUUCUGAGUUCAGUCUUAGCUGGUAGGUAAGCAGUUUGCAGCAUGUGGAACGAGUGCCUGUGGAGACAGUGGGUUUUUAGGACAUUGCAGAGGCCACCUUUUGCUUGGUUACUCACCGUGAUUUUAUUGUCACGGACCAGCGAUGAUUGUUUAUCACCAUUUCUCCUCUUUUUGAAGGGGAGUUCUGCCACAAUUAUUCUUUCUCAGAUAUUGAGUAGGGGGUGAGCGGACAUAGGACUUGUUUUCGUGGUUACAGGGCUCCAUGUUGAGAGGAGCAGCACCCAAGGACAGUCCUCCACAUCCACAUCCAUGCAGAUGACGAGAUCCUGAGCUUUGAGCCAGGGAUGUAAUGGUACAGGCUUUUAGGGGAGGGAUGUCAAUGGAGGGCAGCAAGGGAAACAAGUUGUAGUGAAAGAAUUCGAGCUUCAUCAUUUUUCAGGAAUAAUUAGAACCACGAUAUUAGAGCCGCAAGGGUAAAGGUGUGUGGGCUGGGAGGAAGAAAUGGUUCAGAAAGGUGUUGCAUUGAAGGCCCAGAGAGAAGUAAGUAAGGGGGGAAAUUCGCUCCAUGUUGCCCAUGAAAGCUUCUACUGUGUUUCUAUAGUUUUCCAACAUUGGUUAUAAAGGCUAACGCAAGGGGGCUGAUGCUGUGGUGUAGUAGGUUAAGCUGCCGCCUGCAGUGCUGGCAUCCCAUACGGGUGCUGGUUUGAGUCCCAGCUGCUCCUUUAACAAUCCAGCUCUCUGCUUACAGUCUGGGAGGACAGUGGAAGAAGGCCCAAGUGCUUGGGCCCGUACACCCACAC